GUGCCGCGCCUUGGCUGCUGGCAGGAACUUUGAACGCGCAACUUGAUAUGUCGUCCAGUAUCAACUUGCCUUCUGUCCUUAUGCUGGACCUCUGCAGCCUUCCUUCAGAUUCCACGUUGUAGAGCCGAGUGUUGUUGUUGGUCAAUAUUGGACCUCUUGGAGUGCCAUAACAGUAUGAGCUCCAAGCCCGACUCCGGGUCAAAUGGUGCAGACCAUGGUGAUAAUCUUACUUUCUAUCUGAAAGAACUUUCUACCGGUGUUCGGGAACUUCGUUUGGAAUUAGCACAAGCUAAAGAGCGUAUAGGCGACUUGGAAGAUCGACUUGAUGUCGAACGGAGAGGAUCUAAGUCUCGAAAGGAGGAGUUUGACCAACAUUCUAUUCAAUGGGAGAAAGAGAAGCGGGAGCUUGAAGGUCAAGUUGCAACCCUGAAAGAUUCUGAGCGUCGUGUUGUUUGUCUCAUUGAUGGUGAUGGUACAUUGUUUUCUCGCGAAUAUCUAAGCAAAGGGCAUGAGGGAGGGCAAGAUGCCGCCCAGACACUAGCCCAAAAUAUUCGAGUGUAUUUGCGUGACGAAGACGCAGUUUCGUUUUCCAACUUCGAGCUUUCGAUCAUCUGCUUCCUGCACAAGAGAGGUUUAACAGAAACCCUGGGUAGAGCCGGGUAUCAUACGGAGAAGUCACGGUUCGAUGAGUUCCUUGCUGGAUUCAACCAAGCAGGCGAAAGGUUUUUGAUGGUUGAUGUUGGCGCGGGGAAGGAGAAUGCCGAUGCAAAGUUACGAGCCUUCCUUACCGAUCAUGCGAGAUCACCAUAUACACGAAAGAUUUUCAUCGGAGUGUCGCACGACAACGGUUAUGUUCCCAUUUUGAAGGAUGUGAUAACGGGUGGACAGAAGGACAAGCUUGUUCUUCUUCCGGGUUAUUCUGAAAUCGCAGCAGAUAUUCGCAAGUUGCAAUUGCCUACCUUGGUUGUACCGGGUCUGUUCAUUUUGGAGAAGCUCCCUCCAACUUCUCCUCGACUCACAAACUCAAAGGCUUUGGACCCAAGCCCCAGGAGUUUACCGACUGUAUCAGUCCCCGGCAGCCCCGCUCUACCUUCUCAAGGACUUUCACCUUUGAGUCCGCCUUUCGCAUUCAACAACUUUGCCUCUAUCACACCGAGCGGAACACCAUCACACGCAGGUGCUUCUUCUAGUGGCGCAAUCAGUAUCUCUACGCAAGUGGCUCUUCCAGGUGUAUCGAGACAGCCUCGAGAACCUCCUCCAAAUAUUCCUUUGAAAUCAUUGAUCCCUCCUCCCUGUCACGCGCACUAUCUCUCGCGUAGCUGUCACCAUCGUAAUUGUACGUUUGCACAUCAUUGGAUACUGACACCUCAGCAUCUCGACGAAGUUGCCAAGUUGGCUAAAGGAUUACCGUGCAAGUUCCUGAAUGAAAGGCAAUCAAUGUAUAUGGGGACACAUCUGUCCUUAUGGGGCACGUUGUUUCCUGAAGAAGAAGGGAAAAUGUAAAUUCAUCGCUGCUGGCAUGCACAAGAUGUAGGCGUUCGCGAUGGAAGUGAGUGUCACGAACGAUGAGGUUCAUAGUAACAAGUCGACUACAUAGUUUCCACUGCGAGAGUUCGGCAGAUAAGCCGUUGGGAUCCGGUUGUGUUUGCUGCUGUUGAAGAGUAUCUUAGUUUCCUCAGAUGUUGUAACUGCUAUGCGUUCUUGCUUUGCUUUGUUUGGUCUUAUCUCUACCCGCUUUCAUGGCCAGGCUUCAAACAGGAAGUGAAGGAAACUGAGCUGAGAAAAGUACACUGACCAAAGACGUCAAUUGAUACAGUGA